ACUCAGUUUCGACGUGUGUUUGUGACAAGUCAGAAAAAAGAUCUAAAUAAUCAAUAUUUUGCGAUUGAAACUUUGAACUCUUGGAGCACUUUUUUAUAUUCUUUCAUCGAGUUAUCAAAUUGUCAGAAUAAAUAAAGAAAUGAGCGCGACGCUGGUCAGCAUCGCUGAGGAGGACAUCUUCGGUACCGUUAUUCGCUACGGAUUAUACGCUGGGGCGAUAUUUCAGAUGGUUUGCCUAGCCGCUUGCAUUGUGCUUCCUGAUAGUGGUGCUGACGGCUUGUCUGGUUCCAAGGCAAACGACAGCGAAGAUUCCAGCUCGGAACAUUCGUCUCCUCAAAAUACUCCCCGACGUCCGUAUCACCGAAGCCGCAAGCAGGACAAGAAAAAGAGGCGUUAGAUUUAUGGUGAUGUAAGAUUAAGCAGUUUAGAGUCUCGCAUUUAUGUUGUAUUUUAAUCAGUAUUGAAUUAAUUUGCCACUUUAAAUCAUCGAAAACAAAUUGUUAAUAAGUUGGAGGUGAUGUUUAGUGUAAGAGGAACUCAAGUUGCUCGAAAACCGCGUAGAAACUUAAACAUGAUUUCCUUUUUUACUUUUUACUAGAUUAAAAAUUAUUUUUGGUAAAGAAAUAACCAAAUUUAUUGGAAUAGGUACCAAGUACAUAUGAAACUAUGAAACUUGUCUUGUGAAAAAAAUCCCCAAAGUAUAAGUUUCUAAAACAUUGAGCUGUUUUCAACUUUAAUGCUUUAAAGUAUUACUUCUUCUCAUUUUUAUUAUUACCUUUGUUUAGCUUAGACUGUAUGUUCCUAAAUGUCAAAAGUAAUUUCAACUCAUCAUUAAACCUUUAGAGCUUAAUUUGUUUUACAUUCAUGGACAACCUUCAAUGGAUUUACAUUUAAAUUAAAAAUUACCCGUAUUUGUCGUAUGAAACCAAUAUAAUAAUGGAAUUUAAUAAAAUAGUAUCAUGUACUGAA